AUGAAUAUUGCAGUGAACAAUGUGGAAGAAAAAGCUGUCCAUUCCUGGUCAAGAAUUUCCUCUGCAGGACAGAAAGUGCUGGAGGAAGCCCUCCGAGUCUUCAACCCGAUGUCCAAGGACCUUUCGGACACAGAGACCCAGCUGGUGGCCUUCAUUCAGGGCCUGAAGGAGGAGGGCUACCAGCCCACAAUUCUGAGGAGUAAGGAUGUGUAUGGGUACAGCUCGUGCACGGCCGACACGCCUAGUCAGACAAAAGAGAGCACAACCACACAACCCAACACCGCUGAGUCUGCUAAGAGUCCGGCUAGAAACACUGCAGCCGUGGCAAAGGUGUCUGCUUCGCCGACCAGUGUUUCGGUGAACUCCUCGAAAGUCUCCGCUCAGCCUGUCCCUAAAGGGGAUUCCACAAAUCUCCUCUUGAGCUCCUUGAAGCAGACAAGAUCCGGCACGUCCAAGGCCACGGCAGUGGGCUUCCCUGCGAGCAUGUAUCCUGAUGUAUAUCCAGCCAUGAGACUGUCAGUGGUUCUGGAAGCUCUGGUGCCGCUGAAAACUACCGCAUCCCGUUUGGAGUCUAAGUACACACGAGGGCGUCUUGGGAUCUCACCCUCGGACCUUAAACUCCUCAAGGCUUCGAGUCCGUCGAGGCAGUUUUCUUCAGGCAAGAGCACUAAAAUAACAGAAGGUAAGGGGUACAAGUGUUUGAUAAAGAAAGCACCGGAUACUGCCACCCUUGCUUUAAAUCUUCUAAAGGGACCAAAGGGUGGAGUGCUGCAGGAGAGCAAUGCUUGCAAAGCCUCGGGAGUCCUCAAUGGGAGAGUCACAGGCAGCUCUUCCCAGGGCUGCACCACGGCACCGCAGUCCAAGACCUUGAAAAUCAAAGAUAAGGAACCUCUGGUGGGAAAAACAGAGUGGAAGGACAGCAGCACUUACCGGGAGAGUGUUGGGCAGAAGAGGAGAAGAGCUACGGAGGCAAGAGAAGCACCGCAGAGGAAGAAAGCGAAUACCAUUCCAGUCCAAAAUAGAUCUCGACGGGCUCAGAGCACUUUGAACCUGCUGAAAUUCCGGGCCAUCAAGGUGGGCAACUCGUCUUCUGAUGACGAAGUAAGGAGGAGAGCACAGAAGAUUCUUAGGGUCAACCUGUCUCCUGUGAUCCGAAUUCAGCCCUUGUCCCACUCUCACAGCGUCCCCUGA